AAUAAAUGCAAAAGUGUAUCAAGAAUAUUGCUAAAAAUAUAACCUAGAAAAAAGCUAUAAAAUAGUAUGCGAUAGGCAAACAUUUACAACAACAACUGAGCAAAGUAUAAAAAUCAGAAAUACUGAAGUAUACGUGUAUGUAUGUAUGUAUGCGCAUAUACAUAGUAUAUAACCUAGGUCAAUAUUGUUUAUAGUGGCGUGUGAAUGUGCGCAACAACAAAGCGCUAAUAGCUCAGCAACAGCAAAAACAACAAAAAUAAACAACAACAACAACAGCAAUCAUAGAGCUGCGCAGCUACACAUACAUGCAAAUAAUCAAAAGCAGCAAAGAUAAUAAAUAACACACACACACACAAGCACAUGCCAACGUUUGAUACGGAAAUUCGCCGCCGCAGCAACACCACCACCAACAACAACAACGAGCGCAAAUUAAACUUGAAAAUAUAUACAUACAUAUACAAAAAUUGUAUAAAAACGCUGGCAUUAGACGUUAGCAGCAGAACGAACGCCAAGCAGCGCGCCGCUAAAGCUUAAGGCAGCGUCUCACACCCACAUGCACACACACACACACACACAUACAUAUGUUCGUAUGUGAAUAUAAUUCGUAAAUACGGCUCGCAAUUAUAAAACACAAAUCUCUCGCUCUCGCUUACACAACGAUUAAGAACAGUCAACUUUUGGCUGCGUCAACUGCGCCGCUCGAUUCUUAUACAAUUUCAAUAUCAGACCGCAACGAUCGCUUCGUUCGCCCAGUCGACGCUGUCGCCUCGCGUAACAUACUUCUGAUUCUAACGGACACACACUCUAAGCGCAUUUGCUAAUUUGCCCGAGCGACAAGUGCGAACUCGAAUUCGCCAAUAGAGAGAGAGGGGCGACGCUUACGAUUCACGAUUUGCGGCGACUCUUUUUUUUCUGACGCCUCGCCUCGAGUGCGCAACAGCGAAAAAGUUCUACAAAACAUUUGCCCCUUGUCUAUUCGCGCGACAACAAGUGUUUUUUUUAACAAAAUAACAGUACAAUCAACAUAAUAUUUGUGACAAAAGAAAAAUAUCCACAAAUUUAAAUAUAUAAACAAAAAAAACAAGCUUAAAGCAAAACAAACAUUUGGAUCUGCAAUUUGGAAUUAUUUAGAGAGGCGCAAGGAGUAUUAUAUUAACUUCUAUUGUGGAUUUUGUUUCAAUUUUAUGAUUCAUCCACAGCCAACAUGGUCUACUAUCCCGCUAAUCAGCUGCUUAUAAAGACGGAGCAGCCCAGUCAGACGCAAUUCUGCCUGCAGACGCCACUCACCGCAACGAGCGGUGGCGGCAUUGGUGUUGCGCCACCUGGCGGUCAGCAUGAGCACUACGAGCUAUUGCAGACGCCGCAGCAGCGCCAAUUGCAACAGCUGCAACAGCAACAGCAGCAGCAACAACAACAACAGCAACAGCAACUUGCCAGCUAUCAAUUGGCCCUGCAACAACAACAACAUGAAAGUAUUACAACAACAACAACAGAAGCAACUACAGCAGCAGCAGCAGCAGCAACAACAACAACAACCACACAGCAGCGCAUCAAAACAGAGCUGCCCUUGGCCUAUGGCUCAGCGGCGACAACUAAAACGCUUGCCACGCCCCGCAAGCCCAACAUCAACAAGCCGCAGUUCAAGUGCGAGCAGUGCGGCAUGACCUUUGGCAGCAAAUCGGCGCACACCUCGCACACGAAAUCGCACGCGAAGAAUGCGGAUCUCGCACUGGGCCUUAAGGGGGGUGUCACAAUGGGCGCCAGCAGCAGCAGCUCCGGCAUGCAGCCGAUCGAGCUGAACGAGGCGGGCCUGCCGCUGGGCAUACCCAAGAGUCCGACCAUCAAGCCGCUGGCCAAUGUGGCCGCCGGCGCCGAUCCCUAUCAGUGCAAUGUGUGCCAGAAGACAUUUGCGGUGCCCGCGCGUUUGAUCCGCCAUUACAGGACGCACACGGGCGAGCGUCCAUUUGAGUGCGAGUUCUGUCACAAGCUGUUCAGCGUUAAGGAGAAUCUGCAGGUGCAUCGGCGCAUCCAUACGAAGGAGCGACCGUACAAGUGCGACGUAUGCGAACGCGCCUUUGAGCAUUCCGGAAAACUGCAUCGCCACAUGCGCAUCCAUACGGGCGAACGGCCGCACAAGUGUUCCGUCUGCGAGAAGACAUUCAUCCAGUCCGGCCAGCUGGUUAUCCAUAUGCGCACGCACACCGGCGAGAAGCCAUACAAAUGCCCGGAGCCCGGCUGCGGCAAGGGCUUCACCUGCUCCAAACAGCUGAAGGUGCACUCGCGCACCCACACCGGCGAGAAGCCCUACCAUUGUGACAUCUGCUUCCGUGACUUUGGCUACAAUCAUGUGCUCAAGCUGCAUCGUGUCCAGCAUUACGGCGCCAAGUGCUACAAGUGCACCAUUUGCGACGAGACCUUCAAGAAUAAGAAGGAGAUGGAGGCGCACAUCAAGGGCCAUGCCAAUGAGCUGCCCGAGGAUGAGGUGGAGGCCGCGACAGCCGUGGCAGCAGCAGCAGCAGCGGCAUCAGCAGCAGCAGUUGCCGUUGCCAGCAGCGUUUCCAACUCAUCCAUAGCCAGCAAUUCGGAGAGCAGCAACAAUUCGCCGCCUUCAUCGCCGCCGGCCGUCAAGAAGUCGCGUCAGCCGCGCAGCAUUAAAGCAGCUGCAGCAGCAGCCGCGCCGCUUUCGCCCGGCUCCGUCUCGUCCAUAUACUCGCCGGGCAGCAGUCAGGCCUCGACGCCGCCACAAUAUCUGGCCGCCACAUCGGCGCCAAACGAGCCGGAUGCACUGAGUCGCGAUAGCGGCGUCGCCAGCGCCCCACAGCUGCUCUCCGGCUAUGCGGACGAGGAGCUGCCCACGGACCUGAGCAUGCAGCAGCAGCAGCAGCCGGAGCCGCAAAUGAUCUACUAUCAGCCCAGUCUAGUGGAGCUGCAGCCAAGCACGCCCGCGCCCGGGCCCGCGCCUGCGCCCUCCGGCCUGUCCGCGCUGCUGCAGGCGGCCAGCAUGGCGCGGGACGAACACGCCGACGAUGACAAUGACAACGAUGAGGAUGUGCAGGCGGCUGCCCUGCAAAUGAUGCAGCUGCGACGCGGUCAUGCGGCCACGCCACAGAUACAACCACAGUCCCAAUCCCAAUCCCAAUCGCAGCCCACUUUGCAUGUGAGCGAUCUGGCGGCCAACUAUGAUGACACGCACGAGGCGAAUGUGCUCAUCGAGCACUUCAAACGCGGCGAUUUGGCGCGUCAUGGACUGCACAAGGGCUACGUGCCGGUGCCCAUGUAUGAAUCUGCCCUGCCCAAUGCGGACAUAGUGCGUCGCGUUGAGGCGGCCAUUGGACUACGCUCCAGCACCGAAUCGCCGGAGCGCAGCUCCUCGCCCGAAAGCGAUUCCCUGAUGAUGGCCGAUCGCAAUGUGCUGACCCUGCCGCUGCGCAAGCGCAAGCACUACAUGAACGAGACCGAGGCCAGCAGCGUUGUUGUCGGCGGCGGCGGCGGCGGCGGCAGCAGCGGGGGCAACAAUGGUGCAGCGGGCGGCGUCAACGAGGCGGCGGCGGCAACAAUGGCCACAGCACCAAAUGCCACAACAGAUGUUGCCGCCAAUGCUGCCGGCGCCGGCGCCAAGGUGAUGCGCAUGAGCUCUGUCAUCCAGUUUGCCAAGGCCACGUAGUGGGAGCAGCGGCAGCGGCAGCAGCAGCGGCAGCGGCAGCGGCAACCAAUCAGCAUAAAGACUGUUCAAUAAAUUCUAACUGAAAUUAGUUUUAGUUUAAAAAUUUAAUGUUUAAAUUGCAUGCAGCAAACCCACGUCAAUGUUUGUGUUUGUUUUCUUUUCUAAGCAGCGAGAAAUGCCAAAAGUAUUAUACAAAAAAAAAAAAGAAAUAUGUUUUUAAACAAAAAGAAGAAAAACAACAAAAAUUAAUUGUCCUAUUACGUUUAUAUACCUUUAAUAUGUGUAUUUUGUUAAAUGUUUCGUAUAUAUUUUUUUUUUAAUUUUUAAUUUGUGCGUUAUGUUUUUCGUUCAAGUCACACUGCAACAAUUGGCAUUGCACUUUAAAUUUAAAGCAAAAUCAACAAUGAAAUCCAACCGUAAAAAAAACAAAAACAACAACACAUAACAAUAAUAAGCUACGUACAUAAUGAAAUACAUUUAAAUAUUUAUGCUAAUUAAGGCCAUAUUGGCAAUAUGCAGCAGCAGCAACUAAAUACAAUUAAUAUACAAUACAUACACAUAUAAUUCUAAACUAAACCUACAUAUUACAUAUAACUGCAAUUAUAUAAUUAUGUAACUAAUGCGCGCCCAUCAAUUCAUUAUACUUUUAAGUAAUCAUCCAAAAUCUAAAUCAAUUUGAUAUGCAUUUUAUAUUUGAUACAAGAAAACCCAAAAAAAAAAAAAUAACACGCAACAAAAUUCACUUGAAAUGUAAAUCACAACAAUUUAAUACACUAUUUUACUAUAUGGAGAAUAAUGAACUGAUAAGCAAAGAGCAAGCAAGCAUAAUUAAGUUUAAAUUUAACACACACAAAAAUCAACAAAUAAAACACAAAAAAAAAAAAACAAAAAUCUAUGUAAAACGCAUAUUCAUUGUGCGCCAUAAAUAAUUUUUUGUAAAC